AAAGGGACAAGGCGACGGAAAGCGCUCUAGUGCUCACGAGCAACCGCCGCCGUUUGUUCUACGCAUGCGCGCCAGAUUCUGCGCGCAUGCGUUUCGGAUGACAUUGGUUGCCGCCUAGCUCUUUGUGCCCAGGGGUGCGGAGCGGAUGGAGCCCGCCCCUCCCAGCAGAGAUGCUGUGAUUAAGCUCCUCGCAAAGCCUUCUUCGCAAAGAGCAAGGAAGUCCCCUAAAUAUGAAUAAUAUCAAAUGGACUCCUUGAAGAUUGUACUAGACUUAAUGGCUAAGUUGUAAUUAUAGAGGGUGAAAUAUUGGACCAGCCAGAAACGUGCCCACUGUUGAUCUUGUUGGAAUCCAGAGUGUGCAGAUCUCCGGGAUGGUGGAAGGCACAGUGAGGACUAGGUCAUCAAAAGAGGCAGAUCUGCGCUGACCCUGCUGUCCCAGUCCAGUACUCCUACACGCUCUAUCACACUGAAGCCAAGCUGAGUGUCUUGAGGCUGGUGGCUGAUGGAUGAGCUGGACGAUGAUUUUAAAGAACUCUGUGCUAACCUAUUGAGCAGGGUCAGGAAAAAGGCUGGAGAUGCCGAGGGAGGGAGGAAGGUUCAGAGUGGGACAAGGAGCACUGCAACAAAAAGCAAAUUAAAAAAGAGCAAGUCAGCUGCUAAGAGCAAAAGCCAGCAUGACUCCUCUGUUGGAAAGAGAGUGGGCUUGCCAGGGUGCACGGACCCCAGUGAGCAGGCAUUGGGACAUGAACCAGAAGGUGAAGCUACAACCUGUGGAAAUGAUGGACCUCCACUGGGAGAUGGAAAUGGAGACCCUCCUUCUGCCAUUCAGUUGUAUGCUAUGGCACCAAACUGUAACCAGAACAGCUUGGCAGGCAGUGACAAGCGCAGAUCAUCCUUUGCUGCUGAUGCAGAACCAGCAACCUCCACCUCAUCCCCUGCAAAGAUGCGCCAGAUCUCAGGAACCAGGCUGCGGGUAGCAGAGCUGGUGCUGGAGAGGAUGCAGCAGUUUAAGAGAGUGGAACCAAAACAGCUGAAACACACCGUGGGCAGCAUCUUGCCAGAGACAGUAACAAAUGAAAGCAUCCCUGAUGUGAGCCAGGAGAACCACCAGCCAGGAAAUGUGACCACUCCGGAUCUGCCUGCGAAGGAGCCAGAUGUUGCCCUGGCAGUGGCCCUCCAGCAGGAGCUCAAAGAAGAAGUACCUGGAAGUCUGGAAGAGGCAGGCUUAUUUUUUUGUCAGAUCUGUCAGAAAGACCUCUCAGCCAUGAAUGCAACACGACGGGAGCAGCAUGUUAACAGGUGUCUGGAUGAGAUGGAGAAGUCAGAGGCGCCCUCUUCCAGCAACCCACAGAUCCCUGAGUGCCCCAUCUGUGGGAAACGGUUCCAUACACCCAAAAGCCGAGCCAGUCACUUGAAACGCUGUGCUGUCAAGAUGGAAGUCCCUCCACAGUUGCUUCUCCAGGCAGUGCAAUUGCAGGCAUUGGCCCUGAGUGAUGGGCUCCCUGUAGCACCCAGCAAUCAGCUAGGUAGGUCAAAGCGAAAAGGCUCCUCCAAAGAGGAGGAGUCAAAGAAAAAGCAGAAGACAUCCAAGGUGGAAACCACAGAUGAGGAUCUUCUGGUUGCCAUGGCAAUGUCACGAUCUCUGCUGGAGCAAAUAAGGCAGGAGGAAGCAAAAUCGGUAACAAGCAUUAAACUGGAGAGUCCUUUGCCGAUCAAGUGGAAGCCUGGAGCAGAGAAAAAAAGGCGUAAGAACACCCCCCUCAUGCCUCCUCCAUUGUUACUUCAAGAUCCAGAGACAGCCCAUAAACGGAUCCAAAACCGGAUGGCCAUGCUACUAACAGAGGAGGUGGAGUUCCCGAGCACCCCUCUGCUCCCUGCCAGCAGGAUUUUGGAGGAGGAGCCUGGGAAGGCAGCCUGGCUUCUAUCUUUGCCCAAAGACCAGCGUUGCAUUUUGUGGGAGUAUAGUACUUUGACAGGACCCUGUGUCCCAGAGUCCUUCUAUGCAGUGGGAUUAACCCCUCCUAUUUUACCUUGGAAACCUGUGCAGUUACAGACCAGCAGCAAUCAUCCUGAUCCUGCUUCUGUGGGGCUUGAAAACAGAACUUCUGAUGACCCGCAGGCAGAUCCUGAUGCAGAGCAGCAGUUUCUGUCUUGCAGCCAGAAGGACGUUCAGACUCUGGAGGACCUGGUGGAGCUGGCUGGGGAAGGACUUACUCUCACACAGUGGAACACUGACGUUGACCACACCAGGGCAGUGAAGCAAAUGAGAGGAGAAUCAGUGGCCGGCGACAUUCCACUUAGUGGCUUCGUCCCUCCAUCCAAGGUGAAGAUGUGCCAGAGCGGCAGCCUUCACACAUCCUCACUCAGGUCGCUGGCUGUCGAUUUCAGUGGAAUGGUCAACAACCCCCAUCUAAGUGACGUCCAGUUCCAGGUAGAAAGUGGGGAAGUCCUUUAUGCCCAUAUGUUUGUGCUUUAUGCACGGUGCCCACAGCUGACUGAAGUCGUUCACGGUGAAGGUUUCUUAGUGGAAGAGGAUGGGAAUUUGCAGACCCGUCGAGUGCUGCUGAGUGAAGUGACAGUCGAGGCAGCCCAUGCAUUUCUGCAGUACCUUUAUGCAGCUGAUAUCAGUAUCCCUGCCCAGGUGCUCUCUGAUGUGGGAGCUCUUGCCGUCAGGUUUGGUGUGAGUGAACUGAUCUCUAUAUGUGAAAACAGCCCUGGGGAGAAGCAGGAGCUUGCUGGGGUGGACUCAGGAGAUGAACUUUUCUCCGUGGGGGAAGAAGAGAAUUGUGAGAACAGAGCUGAGAACUUCCAGGAGCUCUUGAGGUCAAUGUGGGUAGAUGAAGAUGAGGAAGAAGAAGAAGAAGAAGCUAUGCUGAAACCUGAAGACGAGGAAGACAAUGAGAAAGUGGAUGAGCAGGAACUGGAGGAAAUUUAUGAGUUUGUUGCCACUCAGCGAAAGAUUGUUCAAGAUGUAGCAGAGGUGGAGGAAGGCUCAGGCAGAUGCAUUUACAGUGAAACAGAGGAGGCCCAAAAUGUGAACCGACAGACUGAGGAUGAAGAUGUGGUGGUGUGUGAAUCUCCCUCAACAAGCAGCAAGAUUAAAGAACGGAAGGAAAACUUUGGCCUGGGAAUAUCCAGCUGUGAAUCACCUGGACAAGAAAAGAAAAUCCUAGGUAUAAGUAGGAGUGAGAGCAUGAGCAUUACACGAAUCGCACCUGUGCACUUGCAGGGUAAGCCUUGUGAGUGCAGUGACAUUUCAGCUUUCCAUGGUGGAACAUCUCAUGAAAGAGAGGGCUGUCGGAGAAUGCCCAAAGUUGUGAAGGUUUCUAGAUUCUCUCAGAUUUCACAAGGUGAAGAAGAGGAUGAUGCCUUGGAAAAACUGUUCCCUAGUUGCCAACGCUAUGGUGGUGACUUCAGUAAACGCUAUGAUCCCAUGUUUUCCGCAACCCAAGGAGAACAUUGUGAGCCUUCUCCACUAAAUGAAGCCAACAAAGAGUCAGGAGAGAUUUCCAGUGAAACACUUGUUGAGGUUAAUAAUCCACCUGUUCACCAUCAGUCACAGAAGGACCUCCUGUCAGUUAGGAGUGAUUUGUGUAGCAGUCCUCUUAUCAACCCUUCCUCACCAGUUUUGCCAGCUGUUGGUUCAUCACCUAUGUCUCCAGAAUCAAAUAGGCCAUUUUCCAGAGUAUCCACAGAAAUGUCUCCUGUAUCAGCACCAAAGCAAAAUAGAAAUAAAGGAUUCUUUCAGUCUGAUGGUGCAUCCUUCCAAAAAGCCAGUGAACAAAAUGAUGAUUCAGGACUUGAAACGAUCAUAAAGAACACACUUUCUCCAGCAAAGUCUUCCCACAUUGAUUUAAAAAAGCAAAAACAUGUCCCAACUUGCUCAUCGUUGGUCCUCACAACUCAGAAUACUGCUUCUCACGUGAACCAAGAGGCUGAAGUUAUUCUUUUGCUGGAUUCUGAUGAAGAAAUGGAGUUAGAACAAAUGAAGGAGAAAUCAGAUUCUGAAUCUUCCCUGAGGGAAAUGGAAAUCUCCAGGCGAUUGGAGUGUAACUGUAAGAAAGUGGAGCAAGAGCACAAGGUACCAAACUCUGGACCUGUUUCAGUUGCUGACAUUGCAAUACACCAGAGACCAUUUCAAGUGUCACUAGGAAGUCAAGACAAGGUGCACAGUGAGAAUGCUGUAAAGCUGUCAGGAAAGAUGCCUCUUAACAACCAGGUUGGGACCUGUAUUGAUAGCAGACUGAAUCUGAGCCAUGAGGAGAGCUCUAACAUGGACACCUCAUGGUUGGUGCCAGACACACCUCUUCUUACCAGAAGCAGGAACUGCUCAACACUGACUCAGGCAACAAGUUUGAGUUGUUUGAGGAGUCCAGGGUCUAAGCACAGGACUAAAGCUUUAUUGGUAAAUAAUAGUGACCAUAAACAAGCUGGGGAAGCUAUGAAGAUUCCAGAGAUAACUUCAGAUCUGUUACUUGCAACUUCCUCACAAAAACAUUUUCUUACAGAGAACUCCUCAGUUAGCAAAAAAACCUCUCCUGGAAGCCCUUUAGGUCACUUUUGGAAGGAUUCUCUGCAAGUUUCUCCAGCUCCACUCUCACCUGCCUGUGUUCGUGUGAAAGAGAAGUCUUCAGAAAACCUGUCUUCACCCAAACAAGGCCUUCCAUGCCGUGAGCUGUCUUUGGAGAAUAAAACAGACAUUAGUGUGGUUGAGGUAGAGGACAGUGAGGAGGAAAAGGAGGUGGCUCUGCUCCCUUCGAGUGGCAGCUUCCUGCUUGGUGAUGAGCCACCAAUUCCAGUUGAUGAUGACUGCUGGAGUGUCGAACAUCUGUCACCAAUCAAAGAUAACAACAAGGUGCUUGAGAGGGUGAACUGUGCAAAUACCAGCAGUUUCAUCCACGGAGAAAAUGGCUUUCAGCACCACCAAUGGAAGAGCCCAACCAGAGCUCUGGAAAUUACAGGUAGUACUCCUCUUCGAGGAAUAGUUGGCAAUAGAAAGACCUUGCUCUGUCAUGAGGAGAGUCCUAUUGAGGCACAUUCUUCAGUGAGCAAUAGGCUAAGUUUUCUGAACUCUAAAGUCUGGGAUGAGUGGGAUGAAGAUGAAGUCCCUGAGAUUCUUCCUCUCACACAGAGGGUGUCAGCUGCAGCAGCUGCCCAGAAUACCCAGCCCCUAAAAACUCCUGACCCUGCCUGUCACAAGAGAAACCAGCCCCCCAGAGUUCCCAUAACACCAGUACCAGCUUACUCCAUCAUGGAGACCCCAGAGCUGAAGAAGGAACUGAACAGAUUUGGAGUCCGUCGUCUCCCAAAACGGCAGAUGGUUUUAAAGCUGAAGGAGAUAUUCCAGUAUACUCAUCAGAUCAUGUCCUCUGACUCGGAGGAUGAGAUCCCAUCCUCCCAAUCACCCCUACGGAAAGCCACUGCCAAGCACCCCAGCCAACCCCAACCAGACUCGAUUGAACUGAGAGAAGAGAAUUCCAAAGCCUCCAGUGUAGGGCGUGAGCAGAAGCUGGGGGUUUCGGUCCCUUCCCUGCCAGUUCUGGGCAGUGGUGAUGCUGACAGCUCAGCGGGCCCCUCUACAACAGGCUAUCUGAGGACUAAGAAAACAGCUGAAACUAAAGGCCACCCAGGAGGAGCCAGAAGGCUAAAGGGAGCUACUUUGUCUCCAACUACAUCUCCAGUUAAAGGUUCUCUGGCGGGCAGUGCUGAUGGACAGGUGCUCUCAGCAUCUCAGGAAUCUGCAGCUUCUUCAGCAGCUGGAAGUGACAACUCCUUUGGAUCACAGAGUUCUUCUUCCAAUGAGUUUGAGACAGGUGUCCUUACAUCUGAAGAGGAUGAGGAGUUCCCAGCAUCUCAGGCUGCAGCCCGGGAGGCAGAUAAGCUGGAGGCAGUGAGACGCUACAUCCAUUCAAACCCAGGCCUGUACCAGAAGAUCCUCCUUUAUCAGCCCUUUGAGCUGACUGGGCUGCAGGCAGAGCUGAAGCAGAAUGGCAUUAAGAUUGCACUGGGAAAACUGCUGGACUUUUUGGACGCUCACUGUAUCACCUUUACCACGGCUGGGGCACGGAAAGAGAAGCAGCAGCAACGCGGGGGCAAGAAAAAGGGAUGCAAACGAUACUGACUAGAGCCUCCUCUCCCUUCCCAGCUGCCUUGGUGCAUUCACACUUCCGCACUGCAGGCUCUAAAACUCUUCCCAUUGUUCCGUGUCAGAGCUUCUUCAAGAAUUGCUCUUCUGUUUUGCUACUAAACAUUCUCCCUGCCCCAGUAGAAUCUGCUGUACACAUGUGCUUAUGCUGCUGAUUUUUAAGUCAGUUAGAACAUUGCUCCCUGAUGUGCUCGAAUGGCUUGGAACUGUAAGAGAAGCAUCUUUCCCAGUCACUCUGCUUUAGAGGUGCAGAGACCCGACAUGCUUUCAGCACUAUCCAUCCCACUCCCUGCUGAAAGAAUGCCUGCUGGAUCUCUGGGACACCAAGGCCCCUACUAGUACUGCUGGAGUUUCAGCAUACAGUUAAUAUGAUCCCUCUGCCUGUUUUCCUAUUUCUUUAGCCAUCAGUUUCCUUUUGCCUUUUCUGUCAUCUUUUCCCCUUCCAUUCUACUUUCUUUUAUCUGUCUUCCUCUGCCUUUUCCUUUUCAGUUGUUUCCUCUCCUCUUGUCCUCCCCUCUUGCCUUCCUCUUUUCAAAUAGAUUUUAUUUCAGGCUUGCUUCUAACUGCUGCUUCUAGAGGCAGAACUUCUUCUAAGUGCCUGAUAGAGGGUGCUACUCACAAGCUCCUCACUGAGUGCAUCAGUGUUGAAACAUAAGGUUCUGCCUGAAUGGUAAGAGUUCCGUAGGCAAUGCGGCCGUGGAAGGAAGCAGGUCAAAUCCCCCUGAAUUGUUCUGUCCUAGAAUAGAAACAGACCUGCCUACCCCACCACACUAGCAGGAAACAAGUCACUUUGCCCUGAUGUGUAAAGCAGUGAGAACAGCCAGAUGUUCAGGUUUGUCUUUGGGACCCCAUUGUUUUUUCAGUCUGUUUAUUCAGUUUGAGAUUUCACUCUACAGAUUGAGGGGUAGGGACAGGGAGUGUUGUGGUGGUAACAUUGUCUAGUGGGUAGUUCAGGAGACCUAGUUUCUGUUCCUGGCUCACUCUGUGAUUUCUGGCAAGUGGAUUCAAAUUUUGGUUGCUUCAUUUGUUGUGUGCCUAACAAUGGACACUUAGGGCUUGGUUUUUCAGCAAAUACCUAGCACCUGCAGAUCCCACUGACUUCAGUUGAUGGUACUGGGUAUUGGUACUAGAUAUUGAGCACCUCUGAAAUUGUCCACAGGUGUUUGAUGUUGGGCAUCCAAAAUGAAUGGCUGCUUUGAAAGUCUGAGCCUUAAUUUCUCUAUACUUCACCUGUAGAAGAGGGGAAUGAGGGCUGCCCACCUUUGGAAAGCAUUCUGAAUGGCUCAGAAUGGAAGAAAGUGCUGCAGAAUGUUACUUACUGUAUUGAAAAGGUAACUUAUUGGUAACAGCUGUGUUGUGGAGAAUGCAAGGAAGAGAUACUGUUUACAUACAAUCUACAAGCAAUCUUAUUCUAUAGAUUUGUGAUGGGUACCAGGAGUCCUGCAGCCCUCUUAUAUUUAAUACCGUGAUAAGGACCUCAGAGGCUACAGGUCCCAAGAUGCAAUGGUGUGUUUUGACUGCUUGGACUGAGGUAGAGUAUUGUGUGCUGGGAUCUGUAGGGCUAGACCUCUUUGUUAAAGAUACUGUUGGCUCCAUUUUCUGAGAACUGCAAGUCGUACUGGAACUCCUGUCAAGUUGCCAUGUGGCCUGGGCUUGGACAACUUCCACUGCUGCCCCCCUUUUUUUUAAAGGAGACCCCAAAGUUAUGUUGCAGUGACCACUGGACACCUUCAGAGCCUCGUACUCAUUCCUCACCUAACCAUACCUUGCUACAUAAUCUAGUUUCCAAACUGGACUGCUGCCAGGCCCUUUGCUAAAUUUGCAACAGGGAAAUCUUGGAUCCUAGAGAAUUGACUUCUAUUUAUUUAAUCUUCAGAGAUGUGCUGACUCUUUCCAGCCUUGGGAGUUAUGAAUCGAUGAUGGCCUCACUUUGUUUAAAAAAAAAAAAAAAAAAAGGAGAAGAAGAAGCCAAGCUCCUCAAAACCAGUGUUGGUAUUUCUGUAGCAUAAGAAUGUCUGUUUUUUAAUUUUUGAUACAAUAUAGUGUGGUUUUUAUUGGAUGUACAUUAUGUGCAAUAAAAAUUGUAAGAACCUUCAGCUAUAAACUUUAACAGGUAGCAUCAA